UUCUGUGCCUACCGGGAGAUGGAAAAGGCCAUGGAGGGCAUUUAGGGGGUGGGGCAAAAGCCCGGGGUACCCCUCAUGCCAGGUGAGAAGGGACUGCGUUUCCUCCCACUUUCCUCUCUUCUAAGAGCCUUGACUGACUUCCUGACCUACCCUGGCCCCUACUCAAUCACUACUUCUUGGAACCCAAAUCCCCUGCUGUCAGUCAGCCGACCUCCCCAGUCCUGACUCCCAGGCUGCCACUACCUCCACCUCUACCCCUUUAGCUGGGCUUCUUCUCUGUCCAGCCCCAUUCCUUAUACCUUAGGGCAAAAUGAGUGGUGGGAAGUAAAGGUGCAUGCGCAGAUCUACUUACCCACCUGGGAGCUAGUAGGAUCAGGCCCACGAGGGGGCUGGAGAAGCUGAAAGGCACAGCAGCAGUGAGUGAGGUGCCUACUCCUGUCCUCUGCCAGUUAGAUUUGCAGUGUGAGACUAGGAAUAGGGAGGGACGAGGUGGAGUUCUUCUCAGGCCUUUCCUGGGGCUCCUCCCACACUCUACCCUUUCCCAUCACUAACAGGUCCAGGCAUGUGACAGGCUGCUUCCCUAGGAAACAGGACUAUCUGCAGGUAUACAGAUAAAGUUCCCUGAUCGAGUAGGUGAGUAGGGACACUACAAAAUCCUGGGUCCUGCAUCUGCCCUCAUCCCUCGGGCAGUUCUGGCCCCAGUUGUUGGGACAGUUGUCACCACGUGCUGAGGCUUCCCUGGCCUACACUCAGCAGAGAAGGUGACCCAAACUACUCGUUCCCCCAACUGCUCUAUUUUGACCUAUUUCCUGACUUCUGAUUCUGCUGAGCCCUCUUUUUCUUCAGCCUGCUACCUACUCCUCUUGAUGAGGUUUUGAGGUUAUGGGGUGAUGUCCAGAGCCGACGGCCAAGAAAGAAUUCUUGAAGAUGUCCUUGGUACAAAAAGGGCUCUCAAAGGGCUACCAAUGACAGCUUUCAGUCACAGUGCUGAGUUCUGGGGGAUGCAUUGGAGGUACAAGGGACUUAUCAGCUCUUUGAGGAAUCAUAACACACAACCACAAAGAGACCAUCCUACGGAGCUACGAGAUAAGAAGGUCAGUAUCCAGUAUGAGCUCUGAGUUUGGCAGGAAAGUCUGGACUUCACCUCCACCACCCCAGCGACCUUUCCGUGUCUGUGAUCACAAGCGAACCACCCGGAAAGGUUUGACAGCUGCCACCCGCCAGGAACUGCUAGACAAGGCACUGGAGGCCCUGCUGCUGAGUGGAAUGCUAACACUGGUGCUGGAGGAGGAUGGGACCGCCGUGGAGAGUGAGGACUUCUUCCAGCUUUUGGAGGAUGACACGUGCCUGAUGGUGCUGGAGUAUGGGCAGAGCUGGACCCCCAGCAGGAGUGGGGUGCUGUCAUACGGCCUGGGCCGGGAGAAGCCCAAGCACAGCAAGGACAUCGCCCGUAUCACCUUUGAUGUAUACAAGCAAAACCCUCGAGACCUCUUUGGCAGCCUCAAUAUCAAAGCCACAUUCUAUGGGCUCUACUCCAUGAGUUGUGACUUUCAAGGACUCGGCCCAAAGAAAGUACUCAGGGAGCUCCUCCGUUGGACCUCUGCACUGCUGCAAGGGCUGGGCCAUAUGUUGCUGGGAAUUUCCUCCAGCCUUCGCCAUUUAAUAGAAGGGGCCGAACAAUGGCACUGGCAGCGGCAGGGUCGCCUUCAUCCCUACUGAUAAGGGGCUCCAAGCUGCUUUCUGCCCCUAGAUUCAUUUCAAGAGACACACUGUGAGGAUUGUGACAGCAUCAGCUUUGGAGAUCUGAAGACAGUGCAGAUUAGGUAACUCACCUGAUUUCCCCAAUGCCUUCUGACCCCAUUGUGACAGGCCUCAUCAGCAUAACGCCUUACACCCCUAGCCUAUACCCUUUCCUGAAGAAUGCUGUCCCUUCCUAGCCAUCUUUCCAGCAUCCCACUUACCUGGAAAGGCCACAAGCCUGUCCCCAAGUAUGUCGACCCCACCCUGAUCAUUGCUACAUCUAGAUUCCUUGCAACUCCUCCUGUCCCUAAGCUUCCUAGUGCACUGAAUUCAGCCCUUUCUGAUUUUACCUUGAGAUCUCUAUUUCUUUAUACCCUUUUCCCCAAAAUAACAAAAACAUUUCCAAUAAAAAUAUAAAAAUGUU